CCGCCGCCGCCGCCGCCGCCGCCGCCGCGAGGGGAGAGGCGGCCGCACAGCCUAGUCCCCCGCGCCCUGCUCGCCGCCGUCACUCGCGCAAGCACGGCCGCCGGCCCUCGCCCCGCCGAGCGCACCCACCCGGGCACACGCACCCCGGCCGCCGGGCGCACCUCGCGCACGCCCCCCGCGGCUCCGCCGGGCGCCCGAGCUGGGCAGAUGCGCCGCCGCGCGCCCCCCGCCCCGGGCCCGCCACCGCGCUCCGCCGCGCGCCGGGGGCUCCUCUCCCGAGCCCCGCUGCGCGCCCUCCGGCUCCGGUUCCCGCCCGCUCCUUGGAAUAACCCCUGAGGCUCCAGCCGUCGCCGCAAAGUUUCCCGAGGAGACCCGCCUCCCCGGCCGCUGCGCAGGUGAGGAGGCAGGGAGUGGGUGCGAAGGCCUCCCUUUUGGACAGACGAGACCAGGGGACGAAGCAGGAAGAACGCGCCCCUCCCCCGCCCCGCCUCCCCAGCAAGAAAACCUUCUCUACGAACAGGAGAAGCCAAGCAGGACUGAGCGUCCACCGCCCCCCCCCCCACCCCACCCACCCGAACAUCUUUCGAGAGAGAGAGGCAUGUGGGGCCUGACAGCUCAGCGGCGCAUGUCAGCAGCUUCAGCCCCGCGGUGAACAUCUGAACUCCUCAGCGGGGUAAUGGACCCCCUCCUUCCCCCCCGGAGACACAGCCUGAGUGGCAGGAAUACCGAUCCUUUGGAGAGUGGCUCCCUCUCAGCUCUGUCACGCAAGAACGCUCUCUGCACCGGGGCCCAUUCUGCCGAGUGACUUAAAGGGAUUAAAAAAAAAAAAGAGAGAAAGAAAAACUUGGUGAAGAAAAAGGGGUAAAAGCCACGCCGAAGCUUUGCAGAGGAGGUGGCGGCCAGCAGACAAAAGGGCAAAAGUUGAAAGAGGACAGCGAGAGGCCACCUCCGCGGGAUGGACGCCAGGCUGUAGGGCAUGCCUGGGGAGCAGGGGCCCAGAACACCCUCAGGCUGCACACGGGGGUCCUGGGGCUGCAGGGGGGGGGGGCCUCUGCAGACCCCUCAUGCUCGCCCCUCACUCCAGGGGGAGAGGCCAGCGGUGCCUGAAGCCUAGGGGACAGAGGAUGCCGCUCCAGACCCGAAGCCACGUCUGAGCACGAGCAGGGUGUCCUCCCUGCUCCCCAGGGCGCCCCCAGCUCCACGCAACACCCCGAGUCUGUGGCCCGUGCCUGGGUGCCAGGGCCGCGGGGCCAGAAUGUGACUGUGUUUGGGCCCAGCUCAACCGGAAGCAUCCAGAGCAGAGACCCCAGCCAGACCCAGCAGGUUCCAGGGCCGCAGCUGAGGAGGGAUUUGCAUUCUCUGAAGUUCAGGACAUCCCGCUGCCCGGCACCGCCCAGACGGCCCACGCGGGGAGGUGAACUCGAGGUUCUACUGACACCCCCCCCCCCGCCCCCUCUUCGAGGCUCACAGGCCUCAUGGAAACAAGCUUCUCCUUCAGACCCUGGGUACGAGCCAGAUAGGGAUGCGAGUUUCCGUUCCAGUGAGGAAUAGCGGCUCUGAAUCCAUAAAACACGCCUUAAAUCCAUCCCAUCAACAUUGACCAGCCACUUUUACCAUUAGCCAUAAAGACUGGCUUAGUGUGAAGUCUUGAAAGAAGAAUCAGAAACUGCGGCGUGGCUCUCACUAAAUUAACCUCACCCGCGGCUCGAAAUCACCGUCCGGGAGGCCCGAGACCGUGGCCGCCCGAUUCACAGACAUCUUUGCUCCUGAUGGGAUCUGACGUGGGCCAGACGUCGUUAGAGUCUGACCGCAGCCCGAGGGAUCACCUGUGGCGUAACCUUGGCACACAAAGGGCCGCGGGGCGUGCACCUCCAGGCUUGACCUCUGCCCCGCGGUGACCCCCUGGCGGCCGGCGGGUGGGCGCCGUGACUGGCUCUCGUCCACCAUGGUGGUGGCACACCCCACCGCCACCGCCGCCGCCACCCCUGCUGCCACCGUCACAGCCACCGUCGUGAUGACCACGGCCACCAUGGACCUGCGGGACUGGCUCUUCCUCUGCUACGGGCUCAUCGCCUUCCUGACGGAGGUCAUCGACAGCACCACCUGCCCCUCGGUGUGCCGCUGCGACAACGGCUUCAUCUACUGCAACGACCGGGGACUCACCUCCAUCCCCGCCGACAUCCCCGACGACGCCACCACCCUCUACCUGCAGAACAACCAGAUCAACAACGCCGGCAUCCCCCAGGACCUCAAGACCAAGGUCAACGUGCAGGUCAUCUACCUGUACGAGAACGACCUGGACGAGUUCCCCGUCAACCUGCCCCGCUCCCUGCGGGAGCUCCACCUGCAGGACAACAACGUGCGCGCCAUCGCCAGGGACUCGCUGGCCCGCAUCCCGCUGCUGGAGAAGCUGCACCUAGACGACAACUCCGUGUCCACCGUCAGCAUCGAAGAGGACGCCUUUGCCGACAGCAAGCAGCUCAAGCUGCUGUUCCUGAGCCGCAACCACCUGAGCAGCAUCCCCUCGGGGCUGCCCCGCACGCUGGAGGAGCUGCGGCUGGACGACAACCGCAUCUCCACCAUCCCGCUGCACGCCUUCAAGGGCCUCAACAGCCUGCGGCGCCUGGUGCUCGACGGCAACCUGCUGGCCAACCAGCGCAUCGCCGACGACACCUUCAGCCGCCUGCAGAACCUCACCGAGCUCUCGCUGGUGCGCAACUCCCUGGCCGCGCCCCCGCUCAACCUGCCCAGCGCCCACCUGCAGAAGCUCUACCUGCAGGACAACGCCAUCAGCCACAUCCCCUACAACACGCUGGCCAAGAUGCGCGAACUGGAGCGCCUGGACCUGUCCAACAACAACCUCACCACGCUGCCCCGGGGCCUGUUCGACGACCUGGAGAGCCUGGCCCAGCUGCUCCUCCGGAACAACCCCUGGUUCUGCGGCUGCAACCUCAUGUGGCUGCGGGACUGGGUGAAGGCGCGGGCGGCCGUGGUCAACGUGCGCGGCCUCAUGUGCCAGGGCCCCGAGAAGGUCCGGGGCAUGGCCAUCAAGGACAUCACCAGCGAGAUGGACGAGUGCUUCGAGACGGGGGCGCAGGGCGGCGCGGCCAACGCCGCGGCCAAGACCACGGCCGGCAACCACGCCUCUGCCACCACACCCCAGGGCUCGCUCUUCACCCUCAAGGCCAAGAGGCCAGGGCUGCGCCUCCCCGACUCCAGCCUCGACUACCCCAUGGCCACGGGCGAUGGCGCCAAGACCCUGGUCAUCCACGUGAAGCCCCUGACGGCGGACUCCAUCCGAAUCACGUGGAAGGCCACGCUCCCCGCCUCCUCUUUCCGGCUCAGCUGGCUGCGCCUGGGCCACAGCCCGGCCGUGGGCUCCAUCACGGAGACGCUGGUGCAGGGGGACAAGACAGAGUACCUGCUCACGGCUUUGGAGCCCAAGUCCACCUAUAUCAUCUGCAUGGUCACCAUGGAGACCGGCAACACCUACGUGGCUGACGAGACGCCCGUGUGCGCCAAGGCGGAGACGGCCGACAGCUACGGCCCCACCACCACGCUCAACCAGGAGCAGAACGCAGACCCCAUGGCAGGCCUGCCCCUGGCGGGCAUCAUCGGCGGGGCUGUGGCCCUCGUCUUCCUCUUCCUGGUCCUGGGGGCCAUCUGCUGGUACGUGCACCGGGCCGGAGAGCUGCUGACCCGAGAUCGGGCCUACAAUCGGGGCAGCCGGAAAAAGGAUGACUAUGUGGAGUCAGGGACCAAGAAGGACAACUCGAUCCUGGAAAUCCGAGGCCCCGGACUGCAGAUGUUGCCCAUCAACCCUUACCGCGCCAAAGAGGAGUACGUGGUCCACACCAUCUUCCCCUCCAACGGCAGCAGCCUCUGCAAGGGCACGCACACCAUCGGCUACGGCACCACGCGGGGCUACCGGGACGGUGGCAUCCCCGACAUAGACUACACCUACACAUGAUGCCGGCCACCCGGGCCGCCUCCGCCCCAGCUCCCGCCUCCUCCCGGCCUGGUGACGACGUGGCUUUGCCCCAGCCUGCUGCCAUCCCAUAGAGCAAGGAAGAGAAAUUCCACGACGACUUGCCCAGCAGAAAGCAAAGUUUGGGAAGGGUUGACGAUUUUAUAGAACGCGACAGUGAAAGAAAAAAAAAAAAAAUUUUUUUUUUUUUUUUCUAAAGAAUAGAAGGUAGGAGGGGGAUUUGACGUUGGUGAAGACAUAAUUUAUACCAAAUUAUGCCACCUGGGGAGGGAAAGACUAAAAAUAAUAUGGCAGGCAGGGUUGGGUCAGGGUUUUUAUUUUUUAUUUUUUAUUUUUUAUUUUUUCCUGAACUGGAAAGAUACUACCUGUACAGCGUCUGUGUAUGCCUCACGCUCUGUUCAGGGCCGUCACAAAAGAGCCGUCAGAGAGAACAGCCAACACGCGAGGCCCCCAUGCGGCUCCCGCUGCCGGGUGCGCGUUGGUGACAACGUGAUGGAAAGUUUUCAGGCUCCUCACAAAGGAGAGGGGGAAGAAGAGAUCCUUCGCUAUGGAGAGAUUGUCCGGAAACCCCUUCCCUGGUUCUUUCCGUACGAUUUCCCUUGCAGGUUUGCAAGAAAGAGCACGUCUUUCGCUGCAUUCUUUGAACGACGGUGUGGUCAAUUAAAAAGCAAACUUUCUUCUUCCUAUGCCGCCACCCUCUUCAGUUCCGUGCACCAUACUCCGUGGAAGCCCCACGGGGGCGGUGGGUUUCCCAGCCACUUGGAGGGGCACCUAUCUACCUGGCUAUGUCGUGUCUCUAAAUACGGAUGGGUAGAUAGAGCCACAUAUACGGUCCUUAACUACUUCUUGGGUCAGUUCGUACGAUUUUCCUGAGACGAUAGAGUCACGAAAAUGUUGUUUUCUCCUAGAAAUCAUUGAGUAAGUAGACAAAGUGUCUUGGGCGGGGGGGGGGGGGGGGGGGGGCAGACAAUGCUGUUCCUAAAGGCGGAGGUGUAUCUGUCCUGGUCGGGUGGCUCAGGAGACCCUAGGGAAGGGGUGGUCUUGGUGCGACCCUAUCUCAGGUUGGCCAGAGCUGGGCCGCACUCCUUUCUGAUACAGAGAAACGCUUUCUCUGACUGCCAGUGUCCUUGUCUCUCUCUCUCUCUCUCUCUCUCUCUGUCUCUCUCCCCGCCGCCCCCCCAACACACAGAUACAGUCACCUCAACAGCGACUUUCUGUGUUUCCUCUGUGCUGUAUGCUUCCUCCCGGGACAGGUAAUUGGUGCAGGGGCUUUUUCUUUUUCUUUUUCUUUCUUUUUUUUUUUUUUAUCAGCUGAUUAGACCUAAUGGUUUCCAUGGCUGCUCACACAAAGCCCAGAAAAAGACAUGAAAAUUCUCAGAAGAGCCCUGGGAGACAGCAACCCCCCCCCACCCCACCCCCGCCGAACGAAGAACACUCAGCCGCACCCACCCCUGGCACCCUGCUCCGGAGAGGGGAAGACCAGAGCUCCAGAACGGCCAGCAACGGAAGGGUACGGAUCUGGGGCCCUCGGAAGAAUUCAGGUUUUAUUUCCUCCCUCUGGAACCCGUGUCGCCACCAUUUAUCAACUGGCAUUGCGAUUUGGUGAGCCGUGAGAUUAAAACCAUAAUGAAAUAAUGGCAGCAGAUCUGGAAAGAAGGGCGGGGCGGUGCCCGGCCUUCUGCCGCCUCCCGCGCCCCGGCACCCAGGGAGCUUGGGUCACCACCUGUCAACGACGGGCCGCUUGUGCUCUGCCGCGGAGGAGCGAUGUCAAAGGAGAGGCACUGGUCCGAGGGCAGGGAGGAUGAGAAGGUGUCCAGCUCCCGGUGGUGGCGUUUUCAAAAGGCCUCGACUGCUUUGACAAAAAGCCAAAGGCGGGGACAGGAAGCUGAACACAGGGCCGCCAGGACGGGCCCGGGGGCCGGCCACUCGCCGCUCGUGACAACAUGUGACUGGCCCCUUCGGUGAAGAGGCAGGGGUUGAAAGAAGUGGACACAACAGUCGCCUGAGCGGGGUGGAGGAGAGCGGGUCUCGCCUGACGGGGAAUGCCAGCUCCCCAGGCCCAGGGAGAGGCGGAGGGCAUGGACAGCUCGCUCUAAACUAAGCCUCCCACCCCCUCACCCCCCCCCCCCCCAGCCCGCCCUUCCCCACUUGAAUCAUUUUCUCAUACAAUGAGAUCAGGAGAGAGAUUUUUCCAAGCCUUAAUUUCAUGUCUCUGUGAGGGUCGCCCUCCCUUUGACCUGCAGCGCCCCCGACUCAGGCCCUUUCCGGCAGCCUGGGGAGGAGCAGAGGGUAGGUGAGGAUGUGGGGCAUUGGCUCAGGAAGCAGGGGCGGGGGGGGGGGGGGGUGGGGGGAGGGACCGAAGCCCGAGGUCCCUGCUGUUUCAGAAAUGAGGUCCUCUCCCUCAAGGCACCACCCAUGCCUUCUCCCGGUGUCCCAGUCCUCGGCCUCCCCACGGCCCCCCUCCAAGUCCCUACUGCGGCCAUGCUUGGUCCCCCAAUCUUACUCCGGGUCCUCCUUUCUCCUUGUACCACACCGGGGAGAGGUCAAAUCAUCCAUCCUCUUAGAGGGUAGGAAGGCAUUUGGGGAACGGCGGGCCGGAAAGGCCUGCGGGCCUCCAAGGCCAGGCCUGGGCGGUAAACUUCCCUCCCCCACAGCACAAAGCAGGCCAGAGCCACCUGGGCCUGAGGACACUCGGGUCUCCUGCUCCGGGGGCUCAGGUGGGGGCUUCCCAUGGGCUCGCUGCAGGCGUCCCCCUGAGGAUAGUGGACACCCGCCGGCCAGGCCCUGGGGCACGCUCUCGCGUAUCCCACCUCAGCAUCAGACAUCCUUCCAGAGUCCUUUCUGAGCGAAGCUCCCAAAAUUCUGCCUUCUCCCGGCCCCUCGAGCCAAGGAGGGGGCCUGAAGCCACAUCCACUCUGAAACCAUGUCCCUUCCUGGUCCAGCUCGUCUGAGUGUCCUCAUAACACAACGAGAGAUGCUGCAGGGGUGCCCGCCCCCCCCCCCCCAGCACCCCAGCAGCGCGUGACGAUCCUGGAGCCAGGGCCGAUUCUGUUUAGAAUCUCCCCUCUGUGGGCGGCCGCCCUGACCCUUGCAGCCUCGAACUAGCCAGAACACCCUUGGCCUCAGCGUUGAUGAGUGUAUUUUGUGGCAUUUAUAGCAGGUUUUAAGUUUUAAAAAAAAAAAAAACAAAGAGCCCACGACACUUCUUUGGUUAAGUGGUUUACCCUUCGUGGUAAUUAGACGUAGUGAUUAGAAUCUCUUUUCUAUUACAUGGCAAUUUUCCUUUAAAUUUCCCCUAAAAAAAAAAAAAAAGAAGAAGAAGAAGAGGAAGAAGAAGAAGAAGAAGAAAAGAAAAAGGGAAAGAAAAGGCAAGGAAGGAGGGAAGGCAGGGCCAGGCGAGUAAUUUGCAUUUUGCGAAUGAGGCCUCUUGUAAGCUCAGCUCAGGCGUGGGGCCCAACGUAUGGAAUGCUUAAGAGAUUACUAAGAAUAAAAUCUAUUAAUUAGUCAUACUCAA